UCCAGCGUCCAGUUUGGUUUUCGGAUAUUUGACAACCUUUUAUUAUCUCAGAAACUUGGUAUCGAUCUCUUUCUAUUUUUCUUUUCUUUUUGGUUAUGUGCAAAUUGAUGAUGGCCAAUUAAAAUGGUGAGAAAGAAAAAGCUGCUGGUGUUUGAAAUGUGUGGAAGCAUGAUGUGGGAUGGAUAAACAACAACAAAACACAACUAUGGCCUCUAAUGACCCCGACCUUCCUGACUCCUCUGGUGACCCCCAGCCUGGUGACCUGAUUGAGAUAUUUAGACCGGCCUAUCAGCACUGGGCUCUCUACUUGGGAGAUGGUUACAUCAUCAACUUAACUCCUGUUGAUGAGAACCAGGCAGCCGCCAUGUCCAGUGUGAAGUCCGUUUUUAGCAGGAAGGCAGUGGUGCGCAUGCAGCUGCUAAAGGAGGUGGUAGGAAGCGACUCGUACCGUGUCAACAACAAGUACGACUACAACCACACACCCCUGCCCGUCUCUGAAAUCAUUGAGCGAGCGCAAGUCCUCAUUGGCCAGGAGGUGUCCUAUGACCUGCUGGGGAGCAACUGCGAGCACUUUGUAACCCUUCUGCGCUACGGGGAAGGGGUGUCCGAGCAGGCUACACGGGCCAUUGGGGCCAUCGGUUUGGUGACGGCAGCAGCCAGUGCCUUCUCUGUCCUGGGACUGAUAAACACACGAUCCAGAAACAGGCCUUUCUGACAGCUGUGUUCUUCACUGAAGGGUGUUGUCUCCCAACAUUACUACGGCUGUGAUGAAAAUAAAUACAAAUUUAAAUAAAUACAAAAUGA